GAGGAAGCGGAGCAAACUUCACAAACGCGCUGGGGAGACGUUAUCAGCGACAGUUACCUCAGCUCCAUUUCAAUUUGUGAAGAGGCUUCGCCGUCCUGUGAAAGAGGAAUCUACAUCGUCUUUUGAUGACUUAAGUGGAAAAGUCUUGUCUCAACAAGAUAAUUGGGUCACUGCAACACAAGAUGGCAAACAUUCUUCAAGGGAUGCAGGAGAUGGGCGCACACGCCAAGGACAUCUACGACUACCUCCUGUCAGGACUUGAUCCACGGUUGUCGGACUAUCCACUGAUGAUGAAUCCUCUUCCAAUGUCUGCAAUAUUGCUGAGUUACCUGUUCUUUGUACUGUACCUUGGACCUCGCAUGAUGGCCAAUCGCAAGCCCUUCCAGCUGAAAGAAGCCAUGAUAGUCUACAACUUCACGCUAGUGGCACUGUCAAUAUACAUUGUCUACGAAUUCUUGAUGUCCGGUUGGCUCACGACAUAUACCUGGAGAUGUGACCCAGUUGAUACAUCUGAGAGUCCUGAAGCACUCCGAAUGGUUCAAGUUGCCUGGCUGUUCUGGUUCUCCAAGAUCAUCGAGCUCAUGGACACAAUUUUCUUCAUUUUGAGGAAAAAGCACGGCCAGGUCACCUUCCUGCACAUCUUCCACCAUUCCUUCAUGCCCUGGACCUGGUGGUGGGGGGUCGGCUAUGCUCCUGGUGGAAUGGGAUCUUUCCAUGCCAUGGUGAAUUCUUCUGUCCACGUCGUCAUGUACUUCUACUACGGCCUUGCUGCUGCUGGACCACGCUUCCAGAAGUUCUUGUGGUGGAAGAAAUACAUGACAGCCAUCCAGCUGAUCCAGUUUGUCCUGGUUUCUCUCCACGCUACCCAGUAUUACUUCAUGGACACCUGCGACUACCAGUUCCCCAUGGUCCUCCACCUCAUCUGGGUGUAUGGAACCUUCUUCUUCGUGCUCUUCUCCAACUUCUGGGUCCAGGCUUACGUUAAAGGUAAACGGCUGCCAAAACAGGAGGUUAAGCAGUGUCAGAACGGCACAGACGUCCACGCUAACGGCAAACACCACGAGAACGCCAUCAACCACGGAGCCACCAACGGCACCACCAACGGUUCUGCUCGCCACGAGAACGGCAGCACUCACAUAAGCAAGAUGAAGAAGGCCUAGGACCCCCAGAAGGAAACACCCAAGAAAUAUGACCCAGUGAACCUGUUGAAACUAUUACAGAUUCCAAAGAUAGUUUUGGCUGUGUUUCUUUUCCUGUUUUCUAGUUUUAUAUGUAUCACAUGGGGAAAUGACGUCAAUGAUUUCCAUAGUUGGGGUUCCACAUUUGUUGGGAUUUUUGUGUUCAUGUCGAGUUGGGAAAUCAGUUCUGGACCAAAAUAUAUGAAGUGAAUCUAUGAUGUUUUCACCUAAACGUUAUCUUCACUGAAGUUACAAUAACCCCCUUGGCUCAUAUCACCCUGGGGGCCUUAAACCCUGUUCACCCUCACUACUUAUCUGACCCCCAUAUCGUCCCGACCCCCCCUGUGGACAGAUGACUGUACAGUUUCUAUCAAACUUGAAAAUACUUUUUGUAAAUAGUUUUACAACAAACAAAAACUAAUUGUAUUGGUAUGCUUUAGACUUUCUAAAUUUUGUUAUAUUGUGUAUUUAAAAUUAAAUGCCAAUAAAUUCAAAUUUAAAUUAUA